AUGGUGGUGUCGACUCUGGCCUGGCCAUCGCCAUGGGUGGUAACUGUCGGAUCGUUCUUGAGCACAUUCGGUGCCGCUCUCCAGUGUUUGUGCAGUGCACCUCGCCUCUUACAGUCUAUAGCCAAGGAUGACGUCAUACCUAUCCUGGCACCUUUGCUUUUGACAACAUUUAUCGCUGAACUGGCUAUACUUCUCGGUGCUGUCGACAAAAUCGCUGAGGUGCUUGACUUCUUCUUCCUAAUGUGUUAUGCAUUUGUGAAUUUGAUUGCAGUUCUCCAUUCAAUUCUAAAAAUGCCUAACUGGAGACCGCGUUUCAAGCUACUGUCACUGAUGGGAGCCUUUCUGUGCUUCUUCAUCAUGUUUGCAUCGGAUUGGCAUUUGGCUUUGGCCGCAUGUGUAAUCACAUUCACUAUCUACAAAUACGUGGAAUGGAAAGGGUAA